AUGACUAGGAUUACAUUGGCAUUGCUGGCAAUAUGUUUAGCAGUGGGAUUACAAGCAGCUUAUGCGGGUACUAUUCCCAAGGUAAGAGGGGCUAGUCGCAUUGUCUCUGGUUAUCAGGCCGAUCCCGGUCAAUUCCCCUGGCAGGUAAUUAUCAAACAAGAUGAGUUUGAUGAUCUAUUGUGUGGCGGCUCUAUUAUAUCCGAUUCUUGGGUUCUAACAGCCGGUCAUUGUUGUUAUGGCCAUGAAUCAUUGUUGCUUGUUUUCGGCACCAUUGACCUGUACAAUGAUACCGCUCUGAAUAUGACCGCCACCGAAUUCACAAUACAUCCCCAGUACAAUCCAACAAAUUACAACAAUGAUGUGUGCCUAAUUGAAUUACCCCAACCAUUGACAUUUUCCCGUUAUAUUGCUCCCAUUACCCUAAUGCCUCAAGCCAUGGUAUCGGAAAAUUUAACCGGUACCGUUGCGGCAAUUUCCGGUUUUGGUCUUCAGAAUGAUGAAUAUAUGGAUGCAUCGGAUGUUUUGCUAUGGGCCCAGGUGCAAAUUAUUAAUAACAGUGAAUGUAGUGGUGUCUAUGAACCCGGUUUGGUGAUAGAAUCGACAUUAUGUGCCAAGGGCUUUGAUAUUGCAAAUAUGUCAAUUUGUAAUGGUGAUUCUGGUGGUGCAUUGGUUACACGUAAUCCUGAUUAUAACUACGUACAAAUUGGUAUAAAUUCAUUUGUACCCAUGGAUCAGUGUACGGAGGGAUUGCCAUCGGCAUAUGCUAGGUUAUCAUAUUUUCUGCCAUUCAUAUACAAAGUAACGGGAUUAACACAAUAUUAG